GCCGAGGAGGCACGAGAAAAAAAAACCAACGCCAGCUCUGACGACUUCUAAUUCGGGACUUCGCUCCAUCGCGUCGAGGGCGACUACACACAAAGGCGGACUAGUGAGCGAUCUUUCGUGUAGGUUCAGCGUCUGUUGCAGCAGUUUCUUCCAUUUUGGAGCGAAAGUCUCGUGACGCCAGCCAGCCAGGCUCUCAGUUUAGUUCAGAGCCCUCCCAGCACGCAGGCGAGCGAACUGGUCUCGUUCACUACCAAAUACAAACCCUCACAGCACCCAAAGCAGAGACCAUGACGGACGCAGAAGGCGUACAGCAGGAACUACAGGACUACCUGCACAAGAAGGGCAUUAACACGCUCUUCAUCAACCUCGUGGAGUCGCUGCUACUGGCCAAACCGGAGAACCCGAUUCUGCACAUCAUCCAGUACCUGCACACCAACUACCCGGAGGAAGCCACGCCGCGUCACAAGCCCGGCGCAAAGGAUGUUAACCCUGCCUCACCACGCUCGCAAUAUCACUCAGACGACAGCGAGAGUGAGGACGAGGACGAGGGUGGAGACGCCGUCGGUGAGAUCGCUGCCAGCGUGCCGCCACCCAAGAUCAUGGCCAAGGGACGACGCACUUCGGUGUCCGCUGAAACUAUUGACCCAUUGAGUGCUCGCCAAUUCGAGCGUGUGGUGCAUCCCAAGUCUGCAGAGGAGAGGGAAGGGAUCGGUCGCAUGGUAGCCGAGAAUAUCCUGUUCAAGUCGUUGGAUGAGAAGCAGCACGAUAUCGUGCUCGACGCCAUGUUCCCAAAGGAGUUCGAGCCCGGUGACAUUAUCAUCAAGCAGGGAGACGACGGAGACAACUUUUACAUCCUGGAGAGCGGCGUCUGCGAGGUCUACAAGGACGGUGUGCUUGUUCAAACGUGUACCGAGGCGAUGUCGUUCGGUGAGUUGGCACUCAUGUACAACGCUCCACGUGCUGCAACUGUGAAGGCUGUGCAACACUCGAAGGCAUGGGCAUUGGACCGACAGACGUUCAAGUUCAUCAUUAUGGAGACGACAUUGAAGAAGCGAGAGGCACACAAGGGUUUCAUCGAACGUGUGCCACUGCUCGAGUCAUUGAGCGAAUACGAGCGUCUGACCGUCGCAGAUGCUCUCAAGACCGAGACGUUUAGUGACGGCGAAGUCAUUAUCACACAGGGUGAUGACGGUAACCUGUUUUACAUUAUUGAGGAAGGCGUGGCAGUGUGUACGAAGCAGCUGUCGCCAGCAGACCCGCCUGAGGAAAUGGGCGAGCUCACGUCAGGCGCGUACUUUGGUGAGAUCGCACUACUCACGACCCGACCGCGCCAGGCAACAGUGACUGCUAAAGGCAAGGUCAAGUGCCUCAUAUUGGACCGUAAGACGUUCAAGCGAGUUAUGGGUCCGCUAGAAGACAUCCUGAAGCGCAACAUUGACAAGUACAACUCCGUCAUCGCCAACAACAUUUAAGCAGGAAAAAAGCAGGAUAGCGCACAGGCGCACCAAUACAUUUAUACACGCCUUCCAA